AUGGAGCUUUUCCUCAUACACCCGGGCUCCUUCGCCCCUGCCUACGCCUCUCUGAACGACAUCGGAGAAGCCGUCCCAAGGCCGCCCAACAAACAACCAAAACGGACCGGUCGCCACGGCCCAGGUGCAACGCGCAGAAUCACCCAUCUCAUCCCCAACGAGAACAACAAUUGCUUCUUCAAUUCGGCGCUUGCCUUGGCACUCGCAGCCUGGGAUGGUCAGCCGCUUCCACAUGCUCCAGCCGGAACCCCUGCCGCCGGAUCUUUCUUUGCGGCUUUACAGUUGCUGCGGGACUCCAUGUUUAACGGGUGCGACCUCUCGCCGAAUAUCGUGGCUCCGCUCACCUUCAGUGUGGGGAGCGCCGCUUUUUGUCAUGCAUGUCGUUACCUUGCGUUCGCCGCCCCAAACUCAGCUUCAAGCGCGGCAAGCACGACAAGCCGUCUUCUCCAAUUCGUCUCUGCCCGGCGCGGGCGAUCAGAUGGGAGACGUUGCUAG